AUGAGCGGAAGAGGCAAAGCAGGAAAAGCGAAAGGAGGCAAGUCCAAGACCAGGUCGUCUCGUGCCGGACUCCAGUUUCCGGUCGGUCGUAUCCAUCGUCUACUGAGAAAGGGAAACUACGCCGAGCGCGUCGGAGCCGGAGCUCCGGUUUACCUUGCCGCCGUCAUGGAAUACUUGGCAGCUGAAGUUUUGGAAUUGGCCGGUAACGCCGCCCGGGACAACAAAAAGUCUCGUAUCAUUCCCAGACAUUUGCAAUUGGCUAUCAGAAACGACGAGGAAUUGAACAAAUUGUUGUCCGGAGUAACUAUCGCUCAAGGCGGUGUUUUACCCAACAUCCAAGCUGUCCUCUUGCCCAAGAAAACAGAGAAAAAAGCUUAA